CAACAAAAAUCAACAUCACUUUGACCAACAUUUGGUCAACCUUUACAUCUGACGGACAACUAAGGAGUCAAUAUACAUAUCACAAAAGUCGCAUACGUCUUUGAUAAAAUUGUCUUUGCUAACAUUAUACACCCUACCCGACGCUCACAUGCAACCUAACAUUGGAAUUGGAUUAAUUAUUCAUGUUCAGACAAACGGCAUUAGCAGUCCUCUUCAAGACAAAAACACAAACGGCAUUAGCGGUAGUCCCCAAACUUCGCUCCUGACAUUAUUCAGCCCUGCACAAACUAUACAAUACAAAGAGGAAACCAGCUGUAGCUAUGCCUAUACACUAAAAUUCCUCACAUGGACAACUUUAAAUCUAUUAAGCAUUUCGUGGAGAGAUUUGCCAGUGAAUCUGCAAUCACUCUUGCGCUGGACUUCAUAUAACCACCUGAAACCGGAAGUUUUAAAGAGUGAGAUGAGAGUCUUACUGGAGUACUGUGGCCAAGAAGCUAACUGUGACAGCCACAUCUAUCCUUUCAAUGAUGUAUUUUGAAUUGCAAGCUUUGAACAAUAAUACAGAAGAAAAUAAGCAACUGGAACACUAGACACUUGGUUUUCAAUCACAUCAUGCUCCAUUGUUUUCAUUUUUUUCCCCUACCUUCCAGUCGUCGAGUAGAAAAGUACAAUUCUCUGCACUGAUGCAAAUGGAACUACAUUGUUUACCGGUAAGACUUUUAUGGUACAUACAAAAGGAUUCACUUAUUUAUUUUUAUACCAGGCAUGAAAAUGAAAUUAUGCUUCACAUAUAAGAGUCUCAG